UGAGCUGCUGUACCACCAACAUGCCACGAGAACCAACAUCAACCACACACAAUCCAGCGUCUGGCGGAGGCGGGAUUUCCUGUCAGCUUUGUGAUGGGAGUCUGUGAACCCGGAAGGGGAAUCCCUGUAAUGUUGGUUUCCGGACGCCUUUCGCUGCUUUGGUGCCGAGGUCUCGGUGGAUUCGGUGAGGGUUCAGUUAUCCGAUGAAGAGCAAUGGAUGAUGAGGAGAACCAAGAUCAACUAAUAAACCGCUCCCAAGGGAGAAAUCGGCAGCAAUCGCUUUCUGCCAGUGAUAAUGAAGAAAUGGAAGAUUCAGAGGAUGAAUCUGAGAGUGAAGAUGGUGAUGAUGGGGAAGAAGAAGGCGGUGAGGAUGAAGAUGUAACUGACUCUGAAGAGGAGGAGGAUGAAAAUGCUGCAAAAGGAAGCUUAGAUCCAACACAGCCUGCAGGGCAUUUUAAUGAGGCGUUUAGUUCAGACGACGAAGGAGAAAAUUGCCCAAUCUGCCUCAAUGGCUUCAGAGACCAAGUUGUGGGCACUCCAGAAAACUGCAGUCAUUAUUUCUGCCUGGAUUGCAUUGUGGAGUGGUCAAAGAAUGCAAACUCGUGCCCUGUGGACAGAAUUGCAUUUUCUUGCAUUCACAUACGAGUGCACUUUGGUGGUGAGAUCUUAAAAAAGGUUCCUAUAAAGAAAAAAGCAGAAGAGGUUGAGGUGGAGGAAGAUGCCACCAACUGUGCAGUGUGUGGACGAUGUGACCGCGAGGAUCGACUGCUACUUUGUGAUGGCUGUGAUGCAGGCUACCAUAUGGAGUGCCUCACUCCUCCUUUGAAUGCUGUUCCAGUAGACGAAUGGUUCUGUCCAGAAUGCUCAGAUGCAAAUCAGCCAGAGGAAGUGAGUGACGUAGAGGUUGCUGGACUUCUUGCAGAUGUGGUUCCCACCACUAGCCGUCUACAUCCUAACGUGGUUAGGACUCGUGCUAUUGCUCGAACAAGGCAAAGUGAAAGGGUGAGAGCCAACGUCAACAGAAACCGAAUCAGCACUGCACGCAAUAUCCAGCAAGUUCCAAGAUACCUAAUGUCAUCUCUGCUUGAUGAAACCAUUGAAGCAGUAGUUAAUGGAUUGAACACUGCAGUCUAUCAGAGACCGUUAACCACUCGUACUACCACCAGAAGAAGGAAAAGGAAAGUUGGCAGAAAGAAGAGUAUCCAGUCCAAGGUCUCAAAAGGAACUUGGGGAGUGGGAAAGAAGCGCCGAAGAAGGUUCAGACGGAGGAAAGGGAAAAAAAUGGCCAGAAAAGUGGCCUCCUCUCACAGUCGUAUUGCUAGAUCACUGGGGAUUUGCAACCCGCCUCGAGGAUCUUCAUUGCCUUGUAUUCAACGUGCCGCUGAACAGACGCUGGACACCAUGAGACACGACAUAGGAGCUGCCACACUCUCUGUGUUUGGGAACUCCUAUGACUUGGACCCAUUUGACAGUAAUGAGGACCAUUUAAGCAACCCAGCCUCCCCUCUUACCUCAAAGUGCAGGGUGCUUUCGCGCUCAGCCUUGCGAUCCCAUCAACCUGUUGCCCGUCCAAUAUCGGUGGGACUCUCAAGGGGGGGUGUUGCUCCGCAAGCUCAUGAAACUUUACCAGUGGCAGAGCCUGUGCCUGACCUCCUAGGGAGUAUCCUGUCCGGACAGAGCAUGCUGAUGAUGAAGAGUUCAGAUAUUGUUAUUAGCCGUGAUGGGUCAUUAAAGGCAAAGAAAAUAGGUGAUUCUGGUUCACAGAAAAAUGUUUCUAGGGAAGAGCCUACAACAGAUGGGCGUGUGGAGUCAUGCUCCUCUUACUCAGGGUCUCCGUCUGUCACCUCUUCAGUAGAUAAAUGGAAGCCAGUCCAAGAGCAGCCGCAGCUCAGAUUUCCUUCUUCAGGUCUUUACUCACUUUCUCCAUCCCCGUCUCCACCUCCAUCAUCUAUGCCUGCAUCAUCUUUGCCUGGGACUUCUGCCUUUAGGUUAAAAAAUGCUUUUACACCGAGGGUUGUCCAGGUGCAAGCCUCAGCAGGACGUAUGACCGCUAAAUUUGCAGAGCCUAUUCGAUUCAAUGGAGUUGUACACAAGCCAGAGCCACCUAGCUCAGAUAACAAAAUACAUGCAAAGGGCCCAAGUGUGAAGCACCAAACCAAACCUCCUGCAAUGAGAUUAGACAUUUCAGAAUUUCCCAGGAUACCAAAGAUCAAGAAGGAAAUGGACAGUAGCCCCAACAAUGUUCGAGGGAAGCCCUCCGACUCUGUAAAUAACCCAAAUACAAAUACCAGCCUUCCCAGUGCCUGCAUAAAUCAACUAACAGGUCGGGGAGAGAGUAACACAUUGGGCAAGUUUAAUACCACAGAAAACAGAAUGACAAACACUCGUCAAGAGUCACAUGACCAGUCAAGAUCUAGUGCUGGCGUUUACACUGGUCAUCCGAGUGCAAACAGUAGCACUACACCACUUUACUCCAGUACCUCAAGAGGCGUGGGGUCACUGGAUGUAGGAGGUGGUGGUCUUCGAAUAACAAUCAGUGGAAAUUCUGGCAGUUCUUGCAGGCAAUUUAGUCCAUGUUCAAAAGUCCCAUCCCGUUCUUCUGAUGGUAAAACGCAACCAAAAAGAGCUCCUCCUGUUCCCUCUGCUUCUACCAAGAGGGAAACCCCUGUUAAAAAUGAAAUAUAUGACCCGUUUGAACCAACUGGUUCAGAUUCAGGGUCUCGUGAUAGUAGCCCAGAAAGACUUGGGCCUGCAUCACAGCCAUUCGCAGCAACUGCUGCAACGACAACAGAGACUGCCUGUGCAGCCACAUCAGGUGGAGCCAAAGUGGGAACAUUUCGAAGCUUUAGGCUACUCCCUUCACACUCCACAAAAGUGGGACUGUCAAAACUGGGACCAGAUUUUUCAGAUCUCUCUCCUGCCAGCAAGGAUCAACAAGAAAAGGACAGUGCUGAAGAGCUUAGUCCUGUUUCGACUCCUUUUGUAAAGGUCGAAAAGGAGAUAAAAAAUGAAGCUGCUAAGGAACCAAGAAUUGAACAGACACCUUUCAAAAUCUCAUGUCCACUUACAGGCUUGAAAAUUACAUCUGACCUGAAAUCGGGUGGUACUCGAGGAUUCCAUUUUGAUAACGAGGGAAAAAAAAACAUCUGCAUAAAAUCUGAGCCAGACUCUCUUUCACAUAGGAUUAUUCCCCAAAGUUCAAGCAACCAAUUGGUGUGGGAAGCAGAAUCCAUAUCUCAAGCUAUUCCUUCAUCUAACAAUCGAGGAUUAGAAAUACAGAGGAAGAUCACAAUUGAGGAAGGAAAGACUCGCUCAAGCUCCAUGUCUCAGCCAAGAUCCCAUGACAGAGAUUCAAGAUCAGCUUCAUGGUCCACAGAGGAUGAAUGGGAAAAGAAAUCCAAGUCGAAAUCUCACAAAGCAAAAAGGGCACGUAGUGACCGGUCCAGCUCUGGUAGCUGUGAACGUUCCAGAAAAAAACGUCAGAAAGAAAAGAAAAAGGAGAAAAAGAGAAAAAGCACAGAUUCCAAGGAAAGAAAGAGAUCAAGGUCCAGUAGCCGCAGCAGCUCUUCGCACAGAAUGUACAACAGCAAAAAGAAGAAGAAAAAGAAGCGGGGGUCCCGAUCUGGAUCCAGGGGGCGUUCUUUUAGCCCUGAAAAGGACAAGAAACGAAAACACAAGUCUGACAAAAGUUAUUCUAAUAAAGAAGGGGAAUCUAGUGUAAAAGAGAAAAAGAAAUCUAAGGAAGAAAGGGGAAAACACAGAUCAAGGUCACCACCUACAAUCAAGGAGCAAAAGACUUAUCGUACUAAAGAUAAAAAUUCACGUUUCCGAGAUCAGGAACUAUUCCAAGAGCUUCUGCAUUCUCCAGAAAGUGAGGAAAACACUGUAACACGUAAAGUAAAUAUUAAAAAAGACUUUCACCCAGUUAAGCACAAGGCACAGAAAUGCACAUUAAUUGUACCCAAAGAAGAGGUAAUAGAAUCCCUUUCUGUUUUGGAGAGUGACAUUUCAACACCGGUCAAGGUGGAAAAAGAUAUUGAACUAUCAAACGAUGAUGGCGAUGAUGAAAGCCAGGUAGAAAACCAUAGCAGCCCCCCAUGGUCUCCUUCACUCUUCGAUUCUUUACUCCCUGAGGACAAACAUGAAGAUUUUGAAGAAAUACAAUCUACAAAGGAUAAUGAUUCAUCAAAUGACUUUCUUCCUAAAGCAGAGGUUGCUAGUCCCCAGGCUUCACUAUUGACUUCAGAACCUCCCAGUCCACACUCUAGUCCUUUCACAAAAACACAUGAACUUGCAACCUCUCCAGCUGUGAAAACAGAAGAUGACGAUCUUCAGUGGUCUCCUUCUCACUUAGAAGACUUCUUGAUAAAUGAGCUUUCAGAUGAAGUGGGCUCAGUGGGAGCAACUAGCCCUGAUGACGUUGAUCUUGAAGAGGCGUUAAUGAUGAAGAGAAAUGAAGACUAUGAGGAAAAGCCAGUUGUUAGCUUCAGCAAAAAUCAAGUCAUCCCUUUUCUUCAAGAUGAUGAAGACGAGGAUGUUGAGGAAAAUGUAAAAUCAGGCAGUGGAGAAGCUGGAAAUCAUAUUGCUAAGCCCAAAACAAAAGAAAACCUGUCCACAUUAGAGAAGAGCACAACUUGCAGUCCACCUAAAACUGAGCCAGACCUAGCUUCUUUGUCCAAGGCCGAACUGCCAAUGAAGACGGUUACCUGGAACCUUCAAAGGAAGAAUUUAGAAAAUACUGAAACAGGAACACCUGCAGCUGUUCCUUUCUCUAUCAAAGAGGAGCCACAACCUGCAUCUCCCAAGCAGAGUGUCCCCGUGUCUUCCCAGCUCAACAUCUCAGCAUCUCCAAAACACAGUAUCAAUCUUUUGGCUAGCCUUGCCGCAGAGUCACCAUCACAAAUGGCAAGUCCGCUGCCUUGGAAUUCUUCCGAAAAUACGGCUGAAGAUUUAGUUGCUAAGGUUGCCAGUUGUGUACCAAGGAAUUCAGCAGACAGACCUGUGAAAGAGGCCAAACAGUUCCCCUGUGUUGCAUCAGAGACCCCUGUGCAGACUUUUCCACAGACCCUUCCUCUAUUGCCUCUUCCUCCAAUCUUCCCACCAUAUGCUCCCGUUAAUGAACCUGCAGUUCCUUGUAUACUGCAGAGCAACAGAACUAUAUUUAGCCCAACUCCAAAGCCUGGCUGUUUGGCCACUGCUAACGAACCUAAAAUGCAAGCAGCCAGCACAGGCAAAGACAAAGGGAAAGCAAAGUCUUCUAAAAAAGGAGAGAAGGUUAAAAAUGAUGAGUACAUGAAAAAGCUUCACAUGCAGGAAAGAGCUGUAGAAGAGGUCAAACUGGCAAUUAAACCAUUCUAUCAGAAGAGGGAGAUCACAAAGGAGGAAUACAAGGACAUCCUGCGCAAAGCUGUGCAAAAGAUCUGCCACAGCAAGAGUGGAGAAAUAAAUCCAGUGAAGGUAGUUAACCUGGUGAAAGCCUAUGUGGAUAAGUACAAACACAUACGAAAACAUAAGAAGACUGAGUCAUUGGAGGACCAUGGUACUAUGCGUGAUUCACCAGUAUGAGAAGAAAGUCUUUCUCAAAUAAAAAUACAGAUGUAAAACUGCUCAGCCUCACAGAUUGUGCAGCGAGUUGAUCUGCUCAGGGCUCGCCCGUGCAGUUGAAGUUGGUAAUAGUAUUGUACCAGAAGAUGGUCGUUCUGCUCGUUGCAAGGCACCCAAUCCUUUAUUUUCACCAGUCCUAGUUUGGUUUCUUUGGACAUAAAUGUACAGAUGGCAGGGCUCCUCUGCCAGCGAAAAUAAGUUAUUUUCCCACCUUUGCAGAAGUUUCAAGGUGUGAAACUUAGAGGAGGAAAAAAAUCAAUAUGACACCCUAUUUUUUACAUCAAUCCAAGACUUUUUCGGAAACUCUGUUGCCAUCUUGGUGGUCUCUGUGUUCAGAACGUCUCCACGGAGGACCAAGUAAACAGAACAGAAUUUUUGUUAAGCCGUGCAUCAGAUCUUUUUUGCAUGGCAAGUAAAGGGAGUGAGAGGGGGACAUGGCACAACAAAUGCAGGCCGUUGAAAUAAAUAUUUUGUCCUUUAACCCUGAGAUAUGUACAAAGGACAAAAAAAAAAGGUCAGGAUUUAUAAAGCUCUUUUGAAUUGUU